AUGUCCAACAAUCGUUUUUAUCAAAAAACUGAUACUGAGCGUAAGAGCCAAGCACGUGCGCGUGCUGGAGAUGGUUCUCUUCAUACGUUUGUAGAUGGAGAAAAUGUUAAUAGUACGCCAGUGAAUACUUCAAAUACAUAUUAUGAUUUACAACAACAACAACAUGCGUCAACGAUAGAUCUAUUAUCUCCAUCUCAGAAUGAUAUUUAUGAUGAACAACAAAACGAUUCAAGUGAUGAUGAUACGCAUGAUGAUGAUCUACAGGAAUUAUCUAAUGUAUUAGACGUUAACCGUGAAAAAAAAUUUGUAUUCAUCAUGUAA